AUGCGAUCAAAUGGCCGUUUGCCGGGUCUCAUCACUUACAACGCUUGCAUCAGCUCUUGCCAAAUGAGAGCCAUGUGGGAAGUGGCCCUGCGCCUUUUCGAGGAAGCCGGCCGUGUUGGGCUGCAAGCUGACGUCAUCAGCUUUACUUCAAUGAUCAGCGUGUUUGGGCAGGUCCGCCAGACUUGGCAGCUCUCACUGCAACUCUUGCAGGACAUGGGCGGAUUUUCUGUUGCGCCAAAUGCCCUCACAUAUGGCGCGUGCAUAGCUGCAGUAGCACGGGCCGAGCAGUGGCAGAAGGCGCUGGUAUUGCUGGUCAAGGCUUGUGGCGAGAAAGCGGCCCCAGUUGCGACCUUCAAUGCAGCCUUGAGCGCCACGGAAAAGGGGGAACAAUGGCAGAAGGCCUUGCAGCUCCUCGAGUGGAUGGAUCUCUUGUCAGUGAUACCGGAUGACAUCAGCUGGAACUCUUGCAUCAGUGCUUGCGAGAAGUGUGGACAGUGGCAGACAGCCCUGACCAUGCUUGACACCAUGGUGCACAGAAAUCGCCAUCCCGACGAGAUAACGUUCAAUGCAGCGAUCAGUGCUUGCGAGAAAGGUGCUCAGUGGGAGAUGGCAAUGGUGCUGCUGAGUGCUAUGCCAGAAAAGCGAGUUGCGCCUGGGGCCGUCAGCAUCAAUGCCGCCAUGGGCGCUUGUGGGGCGCGAUGGCAGAUGGCAUUGCUUCUACUCUUCGGCAUGCCGUCCUUCAAGGCUCAGGCAUCCGUGGUCAGCUUCAGCACGGCAAUGAGCGCCUGCGAGCGUGCAGGCGAGUGGGAGCUGGUGUUGAGCCUGCUGAGCUCCUUCCCGGCUGCCAUGGCGGAUCCGGUCUGCCUGAGCACAGCGAUUACCGCAUGUGGCAAGGCCAAUCAAUGGCCUUUAGGCCUGGUGCUUCUAAGGUCCAUCGCAGAACCAGACAGCGUCUGCUUCAAUGCGGCAAUCAGCGCCUGCGCAGCAGACCCUCACCAGUGGCACUUGACCUUGGACCUCUUGCAGAGCAUGAAGGAGCGAGGAAUGUCUCUCAGCGAGAUUACCUUCAGUGCCAUCAUCAGUGGCCUGACGCACUGGGCCCUCGCCGUGCAAAUGUUGGAGGAGAUGCUACAACAGAAGAUCUUCGCGAACGACAUCACUUACAGCUGCGUGAUCAACGUGUGCACCAAGGCGACUCAAUGGGCUCCAGCUCUCGAGUUGCUUCGGUUCUUUUCCACCUGGACGACGCCUAAUCUCAUCGCGUACACUGGUGCCAUAUGUGCAUGUGAGGAAAGUUGCCAGUGGCGGGCGACGUUGGAUAUUUUGCAGCAGAUGUCUGAAAGACGCAUCGCUCCGAAUUUGCCGAGCCUUAGCAUGACGACGGAAGCUCUGUGGAAGAGCAGUCAGAUGCAGAUGGCCGGGCAACUUGCAGGCCGAAUCUCGCAGGAGACGCUCUACUUCUUCAUGUCCUUGAGAAGAAGUGCCGAAGACGAAACUGCAGUACAAAGGGCCCCAUUUUUCAGGGGGAAGUGA